GUACUAGUCGUCGAGUCUGCUUCCAUUCUGUUCAAGUUAGCGCCGCUAAUCCGCUCCCUAUUCACCAUCCAAUCCAAUCGGCUUCCCCCAGGCACCCAUGGCGACGGCGGUGGAGGUUCCCGUGGAGGCGCCGGUGAGGACAGUGAAGGUCACCAAUGUCUCUCUUAGUGCAACUGUGCAAGACAUUAAGGAGUUCUUUUCCUUUUCAGGAGAUAUUGAUCAUGUGGAGAUGCAGAGUGGUGAUGAGUGGUCCCAAGUUGCAUAUGUCACUUUCAAAGAUGCACAAGGCGCAGAAACAGCACUUCUUCUUUCGGGUGCCACAAUAGUUGAUCUUUCUGUCAUCAUUGCACCUGCUCCAGAGUAUCAGCCACCUCCUACUGCCUCUGCUCCACCAAUGAGUGGAACCAGAGUUCCAGUUGGUGGUGGAGACAACAACGUUGUUCACAAAGCCGAGGACGUUGUGAGCACUAUGCUUGCCAAGGGUUUCGUGCUAGGCAAAGACGCGGUUGGCAAGGCCAAAGCAUUCGAUGAGAAGCAUGGCUUCACAUCCACAGCCGGUGCUACAGUGGCCUCAAUUGACAAGAAGAUUGGGCUGACUGAUAAGAUCACGACAGGCACUUCCUUGGUUAGCGGGAAGGUGAAGGAGAUGGACCAGAAGUUCCAGGUCUCCGACAAGACCAAGUCUGCACUCGCUGCCGCCGAGCAGAAGGUGAGCAGUGCCGGGUCUGCCAUCAUGAAGAACAGGUACGUCUUCACCGGCGCGUCAUGGGUCACCAGCGCGUUCAACAAGGUCGCCAAGACCGCCACGGACGUCGGGACGAUGACCAAGGAGAAGAUGGCCGCCGAGGAGCAUCACAAGGGCUCUGGCCCGUCUUCUGGCGGCCACUCGUACACGCCCAUCCGAUGAUUCAUGCAUUGGCUUGCUGUUACGUGCCUCACUCAAACGGUGUUGUACUGCAUAUUGGUGGAUGUAAAACAUGGUCUUUUAGUCCCAACUCUUAUUAUGUUGUGGUUAGCUAGAGUUGAAACCUAAUAGAAACCACAAGUUAAGGUUCAAGCACAUGAAUACCUAUUUUCCAUACACAUAUAUUUAAAGUUAAAUUUUGUACUCU